AGGUUCUUAUACUUCGAUUCCUUCUCGUAGUGUUUUUUCUAGUUAUGAUUGUUAAGUCUUUUGCCUCAAUUGAAAUGCCAUGUUUCUGCAAGAUAGAAGUCUCUAUAGUUUUUCGGUUGUAGAUGAAAGCUAGCAGAUUCUUGAGGCUAGGAGGUUAGGGUUCGGUUGCUGGUAACUUUACGAGUUUGCUCAUAUUCUGGCAAGUCGAGAGUAAAUUUUGUUCUUGUUCUCAUUUGUGGCUCUACAGGAUGGUCAGAUAGAUGGAGCUAACCUAGUGAUAAGAUUAACAGUUUUUCUCAUAGUUUUUUGCUGUCUUGGUUAGUCAAUUACCAAGUCGGCAGCGAAGGGUUCAUUUGCUUAAUCCCUUUAGUAAUGGAAGAGUGUGGAUUCUAUGCAGCUAUGAAAGAGAAGAUAUUGUGGUUAAUUCUUGUUUGCUUUUCUGAAAUUAUGCUUCAGCAGCGCCAAUGCUGGUUCUUUUGAGUUACUUGGGUUUCUUAUGUGCAGUAGGAACAACAUCUACAAAGGUUUUCGUCGGUCAUUCCAUAUACAAAGGAAAGGCAGCUCUGACAGUGGAGCCCCGAUCUCCAGAAUUCACUUCUUUAGAUUCAGGGGCAUAUAAACUGUCUAGGGAAGGAAUUGUGCUGCUUCAAUGUGCCCCUACGGCUGGCACGCGAGUAUAUGAUUGGAGCAGAAAGCAGGUAGCAAAGGACUGUAUUCUUGCAUAUGGAACUGUUGCUGCAAAUUAUCAUCAUGUGAUUGAUCACUUAGCUGCCACCAAAUCACAUUUGGUUGGAGUCGGGCAACCCUUUUUAAUAACAAAAAUAGUGAUCUGAUUUUGACAAAUGAUGCUCCUUCCCCCACUUGAUUGGUGGUUUGGGGUGUUUGGCCAUUCCUUCUUACCUUUUUAUUGCACUCCUUAGGCCUUAAGAACAUGCAGGAACAAUUGGAAAUAUCAUUUGCCAAAAUUUCGACAAAUCCUACACCUUCAGGUUAUCAGGAGGUAUUCAACCGUCAUCAUUCCUCGCUAAGAUCAGAAAUUGAGCGAGCAUUUAGUGUAUUGAAGAAGAAGUGGAAGAUUCUAACGCAUAUGCCAAGUUAUCCGUUUGAGAAGCAAGUGAAAAUUGUUAUAGCAGCAAUGACUUUGCACAAUUAUAUACGAAGAAACGCCGUCAAUAAUAAACAUUUUGAAAGAGCAGAUUUGGAUCCCAAUUAUGGAUAUUCAGUUGAUCUUGAUGAUGUGAA